AUGGAGGGUAUCCUUGACUUCUCCAGAGAACUUGAUCUCGACUUGUUCGACAAGGUCGUGGAGACUUUCUACAAGUCGGGCCCCGAUCAACGGCAAGCACAGCUUGUACUCAACCAGUUCCAGGAACACCCAGACUCGUGGAAGCGAGCAGACGCCAUUCUCUCUCUGUCUAAAAACCCUCAAGCGAAAUACAUUGCCUUGUCGUGCUUGAAUAAGCUCAUUCAAUACAGAUGGAAGACGAUCCCAGAGACCGAGAGAGUCGGGAUCAGAAACUUCAUUGUGGACAUGAUCAUUGCAUUAUGUGACGAUGAACAGCUUUUCAAAACAGAGAGGGCGCUUAUCAACAAGAUAGACUUGACUUUGGUGUCGGUCUUAAAGCAGGAGUGGCCACACAACUGGCCGCAGUUUAUUCCUGAAAUCGUCAAGAGUUCGAGAUCCUCGUUCAAUGUGUGUGAAAACAACAUGAUCAUCUUGAAAUUGAUGAGUGAGGAAGUCUUCGACUUUUCCCAGGAUUCCAUGACCCAAGCUAAGGCGAACAAUUUGAAAUUGAGCUUGAAGGCAGAGUUUGAGCAGAUAUUUAAGUUGUGUUACGAGAUAUUAGAUAAGACAAACAAGGUUUCGUUGAUUGUUGCUACCUUGAGUGCCCUUUUAAGGUAUAUUCAUUGGAUCCCCUUGAAUUACAUUUUCGAGACUGAUCUCUUGCACUUGUUGACGUCUAAGUUCUUGGCACCAGCAGAUACGAGGGCCAUCACCCUCAAAUGUUUGACUGAAGUAUCCAGUUUAGUGUCACCUUCAAACGAGGAGAAGUUUGUUGCUUUUUUCCAGAGCGCCAUGGAAAAGAUCGUCACCAUUGUACCCUUAAACUCUGGUACAAGCCUCAAGCAGUCCUAUCAAGUAGCAAACUCCGAUGACCAGUCCUUUUUGCAAGAUUUGGUAAUGUUUUUGUGUACAUUUUUGCACAGCCAUCUUCUGGCGUUGGAGCUGGCCGAGGGGUUGAAAGACUUGCUUCUUGUGUCCUUAGAAUACCUCAUCGAACUCUCGAGAAUCGAAGAGCGUGAAUUGUUCAAGACUUGUUUAGACUUCUGGACGGGCUUCGUGCAAGGCUUAUUCGAAGAAAUUCAGAACUUGCCAGCAAACGAAUUGAGCCCAUUGAUGCAGCUUUCCUACGGCUCCUCGUUACGUCCAUCUUCAAACGGAGCUCCAGAUCCCGCCAUCUUGGCUAAGUUCCCUUUGAGGCAACAUAAAUAUGCCAGCAUUCUCUCCAAGUUAAGACUUGUCAUCAUAGAAAACAUGGUCAGACCAGAGGAAGUGUUGAUUGUGGAAAACGAUGAAGGUGAGAUUGUGAGAGAGUUCGUCAAGGAAAGUGACACCAUUCAAUUGUACAAGUCCAUGAGAGAAGUUCUUGUGUACUUGACGCAUUCUGAUGUCGUUGACACCCAGAAUAUCAUGGAGGAAAAGCUUGCAAGACAAAUAGAUGAGAGUGAAUGGUCAUGGCAAAACAUCAAUACUUUAUGUUGGGCCAUUGGUUCUAUAUCAGGUACAAUGAACGAAGAUAUGGAAAAGCGUUUCCUUGUUACCGUUAUCAAGGACUUGUUGUCGCUCACUGACUUGAAGAGAGGAAAGGACAACAAGGCGGUUGUUGCCUCGAACAUUAUGUACAUUGUCGGCCAAUACCCAAGGUUCUUGAAGGCUCACUGGAAGUUCUUGAAGACCGUCGUCAACAAGUUGUUCGAAUUUAUGCACGAAUCCCAUGAGGGUGUGCAAGACAUGGCAUGUGAUACCUUCAUCAAGAUCACCACAAAAUGUAAAAGGCACUUUGUUGUGACGCAACCUGGUGAAACCGAGCCAUUCAUCAUCGAGAUCAUUCGCAAUAUUCAAUCCAUAACGGAGGAUUUACUGCCUCAACAAGUCCACACAUUUUAUGAGGCCUGUGGUAUUAUUGUCAGUGCACAGACUCAAAAAGAUUCCCGUGAUAAGCUUUUAGGCGACUUGAUGUCGUUGCCUAAUGUUGCAUGGAAGGCGAUUGUCGAGAGGGCAGCUCAAGACUCGACAUUAUUGGUUGACAGCGAAACCGUUAAAAUCAUUGCCAAUAUCAUCAAGACUAACGUGGCUGUCUGUAAGGCUAUGGGCCCCGGGUUUUACUCGCAGCUCGGUUUGAUGUACGUCGAUAUGUUGUCAUUAUACAAGGCUGUGAGUGAGAUGAUCUCCAACCUAGUCGCUUCGGAAGGCGUCAUUGCAACUAAGACGCCUAAGGUAAGAGGCUUGAGAACGAUCAAGAAGGAGAUCCUUAAGAUGAUUGAGACCUAUAUCAACCAAGCAGACAACCUGGACGAGAUUGUGCGUGAUCUUUCGCAGCCAUUAUUUUCCGCUGUUUUGGCUGAUUACAAAAGCAACGUUCCAGACGCUCGUGAUGCUGAAGUUUUGAACUGUAUGACUGCUGUGGUUUCAAAGGUCGGUCAUAUGAUACCUCAAGGUGUCUUCCUUAUACUUCAGAAUGUCUUCGAAUGUACCCUUGACAUGAUCAAGAAUGACUUUGUUGAAUACCCCGAGCAUAGAGUUGAAUUUUACAAGUUGUUGAAGGAGAUCAACAGCAAGUGUUUCGAGGCAUUGUUGCAGCUCUCGGGUGAGGCAUUCCAGCUCUUGAUUAACGCAUCGCUCUGGGCGUUGAGGCAUAAUGUGAGAGAUGUAGAGGAGAAUGGAUUGUCCUUGACAAUCGAGCUUAUCGGAAAUGUUGAGAAACUCGGUACCACGCCAUUCACAAAAGUAUUUUAUGAAAACUUCUACUUCCAGAUCUUGUCCGAUACCUUCUAUGUGUUGACGCAACCUGAUCAUAAGUCGGGCUUUAACUACCAAGCACAACUUCUUGCACAGCUACUCCAUCUUGUUGAGGAUGGCAUAAUCAAAGACCCAUUGUAUCCACCUGGACAAGCCUCUGAGGGAAUGACCAACUCACAGUACCUCAAGGAGUACUUGGGCAACUCGUUGUCGUCCGCAUUCGAAAACUUGCAAAGAGAUCAAUUGAUCAAUUUCUUGAAUGUGUUGACUACCGUUUACAAAGAUCUAGACAAAUUCAAGGGUACAUUGAGAGACUUCCUUGUUCAAAUCAAGGAAUUUGGCGGCGACGCUUCAGACUACCUUUAUGCAGAGGACAAGGAGCUUGAGAAGCAGGAACAGAACAGACUCAAGAGAGAGAAGGAUCUCAAAGUUGCUGGAUUGAUCAAGCCAUCCGAGAUGGAUGACUAA